AUGUCAAAGGUCUACUCACUAUCUGAAAUCGAAGCACAUCACUCCAAAGACAGUCUCUACCUCUCUAUACACGGAGAUGUCUACGAUGUGACCGACUUUAUUGAUCAACACCCUGGCGGGCAAGAGAAGCUCCUGGAAACGGGAACGAGUAUCGUCACAGAUCUGUUCGAGAAUGCAGCUCACAGCGAUGAUGCAAGACAAUUACUGAAGACAUUUGUGAUUGGGAAGCUCGCAGAAGAGGACUUCCAAUCGCAAAGUUCAGAGGCAUUCAAAGAGGAUUCAGCCUCUACGCUAUCGACACAAUCUCAGGAGUCGUCAACUCUGUUCCUCAUUUUGUCUUCAUUUCUUCUCAUUGUGGUUUCUGCGAUAUAUUUCGGGAGAUAG